CCUGGCAACCCGUUUUACGCUGAUUACGUAAGACGUCACAUAAAGCCCCGCCCUCGCGGCUCCGUCUUCCAGUCUCAGGUUGUUGCGUAUCACUGCGCUCGAGUCGGGCACAGCCGGAGAAACUGGGAAAAUGGGGGUGAAAAUUAGAGUUGAAUACUGCGGCGGAUGAGGGUACGGACCCCGCUAUCAGGAGCUCGCCUCAACCGUCAAGGGGGAGUUUCCCGAAGCGGAAGUGUCAGGCUUCGUGGGAAGAAGCGGCAGCUUUGAAAUCGAAAUCAACGGGCAGCUGAUCUUCUCCAAGCUUGAGCUGGGAGGAUUCCCUUAUGAGGAUGACAUCCUGAAUGCAGUCCAGAAUGCACACGACGGGAAACCUGUGGCGAAGAUCACUAAAAGCCGGGCGCCGUGUGUCAUCAUGUAGAUCUCUAGCUGCAUCAUUAGAGGCUCCCUCAGGGCCUUCUCACCCACAUCCUGAGGGGAUGCAGCUGUUUUCUUACUGAUGCAGGUCUGUCUCCAUCCUACCCUGCCUCGUGGCUCCUCUCUCUGCCCUCACCGGGUCCUUCAGACUGUUAAUGACUACUUUAUCCUAAAAUCAUAAAGGUUAUGGUAUGAUGCACUCAGUCCUGGACUUCAUCGGGGACAGAGAUAGGGAGAACUUGUUGCAAGUAGGUUGAUGUAAAGAUGCUUUUGUUUUGAAAUUCUGCUCCAUUGAUUUUUGUAUAUGGGUACAUUUGUGAUGAGUUGCACAACUUUCAAUAAUUUGACUUCUAAACAACCUAAGGAACUCUACCAAGUCUGCUUCAUCCUUUAUAUUUAAGUAGUAGUUAAUUGAACAUACACAAAUGAUCAAACUCUUAUUCUGAAAGUUGUUUGAAGCACUUUACCCAAAUAAAGGCAAUGGUUCUUUCA